AUGGGUGGUGUCGCUGGGCCGCCGCUGCUGCGGCUGCCGCUGCUGCUGCUGCUGUCGUGUUCCUGGGGGUCCGCCACAGCCGAGGCAGAGACCGGGUCCUUCGAGGUGCUGGUGCUCCCCACGGUAAGCGGCAUCCGGAACGACAACGUGACCCUGCAGUGUAAAGUGCAGACGCAGAAGGACGACCUGCAAGUGACGCUGGCGACGUGGCAGCGGCAGGACCCCACGGGGGCCCAAAGCGUGGCUGUCUUCCAUCCGACCCAGGGCAGCAGCUUCCCGCCACACCCCAGCAUUCCCGAGUCCGGGCGGCUGCAGUUCGUGGCCGCCAGACCUGGCGAGAAGCUGCGGGACGCAUCGCUCAUGGUGCGGGGGUUGCGCGCCGGAGACGAGGCCAACUACACCUGCCAUAUCGCCACGUUCCCGCAUGGUAGCAAGAGCGCCCGCACCUGGCUCCGUGUACUGGCCAAGCCCCAGAACAAGGCUGAGAUCCAGAAGGUUCCGCUCAGCCCGCUCGGCGCGGAGCCUGUGCCUGUGGCCCGCUGCGUCUCCACGGCAGGUCUCCCACCUGCCCAGAUCUCCUGGUCCUUGAAUGGGAAGGUCACUAAGAGCCAGGAGCCUGGACCCCUGCCUCGCACAUUCACCGUUACCAGCCUCUUAGCCUUAACACCCUCGAGCCAGGUGGACGGCAAAAAUGUCAGCUGCAUAGUGGAGCACGAGACCUUUGAGGAGCCCGUCCUGCUGCCUGUGACCCUCUCUGUGUCCUACCCCCCCGAGGUCUCCAUCUCCGGUUAUGAUGGCAACUGGUACCUCGGCCGCAGUGAAGCCACCCUGAACUGUGACGUCCGCAGCAACCCAGAGCCCACACGCUAUGACUGGAGCACGACCACGGGUCCCCUGCCACCCUCUGCUGUCCCCAGUGGCUCCCAGCUCCUGAUCCAUUCGGUGAACACAUCCAUCAACACGACCUUCAUCUGCCGUGUCACCAACGCCCUAGGGACGGCUGAGGCAAAACAGAGUGUCCUGGUCAAAGAAGAACCUCCCAAGGAUCAGUCCUCUGGGACCAACACCCUGACUGUGGUCCUGAUUGUGGUCCUGUCUGUGGUCCCGACUGUGGUCGUGGCUGGUCUGGUGUACCGUUUCUGGGGGCCCAAAUGCAACUCUCAGAAUCAACGCAGCAGCCCCUCCUCUAACAAUAAUGUCUCCUAUGCAGCUGUCAACUUGGACCCAGUUAAGGCCAGCUCUCCCCCAGACCGGUGGAUGGAUGGGAAAGAGACAGAGGGCACGCGGUGACAGCUGCGGACAGGAUGGAGAGAGACGGGAGCUGGCAAGGAGGAGGGCCUCACAGCUGGACCCCCCGCAGUGGAUGAAGUCUCUCUCCACAGAAACAGACCACCCUCUUUGUGCCAGACCUCAAGAUGCCCCCUCUGUUUUGCAAGGCAGUGGGCGGGUGCAAUUUCUGACACCCCAGACCUUCCUCAGGUUCAGUGUGUUCACUGAGGACUCACAGAACACAGGAUAGGUGUUAUUCUCCGGGUCACAGGUCACUGCAAUGGCAGUGAGGUUAGCACCAGUGAUGUGACCUGGGGUGAGACCUGGCAGGAUCAUCCAGUCGUCUGCUCCCAGUGGAGUCACAUGACAGCGCUCACAUCUCCCAGCAAUGGCCGUGUGACAACACACAGGGUAUUGCCAACCAGCAAAACUAAUCCCAGGCUUGGCUUCCAGAGUUUUUAUUGGGGGUUAAUCAGGUCGGCGCAGCCAACUUUAGUCUCAAGCACUUCCACAGGGCAAGCCAGGCCGGGGGCCCGCCAGAAAUCGCACUGUUAGCGUAGGGGGUCUGGAGUGGCCCAAGGCCUCCGGGAAACAAGACUGCCGUCAGCCAGGACACUUCAAGAGCUUAGAGGUUGUCUCCUGUGACAAAACAUCAAAUCUCUCUCUGGGCAAGACUCAUCUUUUCCUGCACAGGGCGGGCACAGGGUCACCUGGGAUGUUCCAGCUGCCAGAGAAUUUUGAUGAGAAUUUUAUCCUUGGCCUGGAGCUCCCCAUUCUCCAUGUCAGUCAAAUUUCUGCAGCUGCAAGAAGCAGCCGCCGAUCCUCGUCACCAGAAGAGAACCAGCAGCUGGAACUUAGCUGCCUGGGGCUGUCCAAGGAGCAGGAACAACUGGUGGACAUGACCUUGGAGGUUAUCUGUCCCAGGCACCUUCUUCAGGGGGCAUUGGGCACCACCGGGCUGGUGUUGACAGGACCCCAGGCAUGGACGCCACUGAUCUGCUCAGGAAAGCAGAUGUCAUUCCCAAAAGGCAAAGGAAGAGAUGCUGGGGAAGCCGCUGUGCAGGACCUACGCCCUCAGACCAGGACGGACGCAUCCCAAGCCCAGGGGGCAGAGCUGCUGAGAUACAACUGUUCACCUUAAAACAGUCCGCGAUCAUUGGAUUCUUACAGCGAGAACUGUGUACUGGGGAACGUACCUGUAGGAGAUGAGACCUUGGCCUGGAAGCUGAACUGGAGAGUGAGGUGCGAGCUGCUCUGCAAGAGAAACCGGGAACGAUGUGGGAUCUGCUCUGGGCAGAGACGGGAGAGUGUGGAACAGAGGAGGAUGGGGAAGAGGCAGGACCCAGCAGGACGGUAAGGGCGAGGGGCUCGGGGUGACCAGGCCAGUGGAACUCCGCAGUGUCAGAGGACAAGGCAGAGAUUGGCUGCGUUGCUGCCACGUAAACCCCUUCUCCGUCCCCAGUCCCCAGACACCUUAUUAAAGUUUAUAACAUCUGGCGCAGCUGUGUGCAGGGGCUCUAUUAUGGGAAUGAGGAGGAGCUAAAUUUCACGUGGGCUGUCACUGUGUGGGAUAGAA